CUCAAAACAGAAACAUGGAACGGGUAGUGGUGGAGGUCCCGAUCAACAACGGUUUUUCCCUUGCUGGCCCUUCAACAACCCCUCGGAAACGUCAGGUGCGCUUUUCAGCGCGGCAUGACAUCAUCCUUCUGCGGGAAGUUAUCGCUCAGAACCCCUUUGCCUCCAAAGAGCCAGGACGGAUCUGGGCUCGUGUGGGGGAGAUUAUCACAGCAGCCCUCCAAGAUGAAAAUUUUGAAGUGGAUGCCAGGAGGUGUAGAGAGAGGACGAUACUGCUGUUAGACUACUACAAGAAGCAAGACUUUCCCAGCUUGCGCAGGUUUGGAACAGAGAGGUUGUACGCCCAGAAAGAGGAUCUGCUCCAUGAAGUUUUGGAGCUGGAAGCUGAGAGGGGGCUCCUGGUCAGUGGUGAGAGCACAAAGUACCAGGAAGAUGAGUUGAGAAAGCGAGCAAUAGAAGAGCUAAGCCUUCCAGAGCAGGACAAGCCUAACAUAACGAUCACACAAACUACUACAGAACCAGAAGAAGACCGUGAAGAAAUGGCUGAACUUUCAGCGGCGCCCACAGCCAAGCAGCCCUGCCAGUGCUGCUGCCAGACCUAUUCAGAGAUCCUCAGCUUCCUGGAGAAACGCUCAGAGGCAGAACAACGGUUGCGGGAGGAGGAGCUUGCCCUCCGACGGGAGGAGCUAGAGAUUCAGAGAAGUAAGAUUGCUCUGGAGCGGGAACGUCUGGGAGCUGAGAGAAAAGAAAGGGAGCGGAGAUUUGAGCUGGAGAGCCAAGAAAGGCAGGUCAUCUUGGACCUUCUCAAAGAAAAGGUGCUGAAAGGCUGACUGAGAUUUCACUUGCAUUUUAAUGCCAUCUUCAAAAAAUUGAAAGCAAAGAAGAACAGUGUUGGCCAUUAAAAAGAGGAAGGAAAGCAAUGAAACAGGAAGUAAAAAGAUCAAUUGCUGUUGGUUGUUUUAUGCAGGUUAUUGACCUGGUAAAAUAACAAAAUAAAAUAGGAUUAAAGAGAUAUCCAGUGAAUUGAGAUUUCAAAUGGAGGGCAGUCUUUGAGUAAUAUUAUGGGUGUCUAAAUGUGUGUGCAGACAUACAGUAUACUGUACAGUAUGUGUAACAAAAAGGCGUAAACUGAUAGGGUUUUAAAUGGAAACAAUAUUUGUGUUUAUCAGCUGCAGAGAGCUAUUCGAUUAAAUACCAAAAGAGUGUGUUUUAACGAAGAUGACAUACUCUGUAUGAGGUUUAAAAACUUCCACGACUACAUCCAAGAAGUUAUUGCACCAGGGUGCAACGUCUUUGGUAUGGUGAUCCACUGAUCCAAAACUGGAUCACAAACAAGUGCAUGAUCAGCUGUGAUUAGUUGCACAAAAGCAGAUAAAUAUUUUUUCUUUUGUGAUGUGAUGUGAUGCCAAGAGCAGUAUAUUUUAUCAUUGGUUGGGACACCAGUCUUUGUGGUGUCAGAAUGAAAAAAAGUUGUAUACCUAAAUUAGUAAUAGGAAAGUUGGAGUGCAGUUCAAGCUUUUGGAAAUCCUGGAGCAUUAUGGAUAAUUUGAUUGAUAUGGAAGUCUGCUCAAACUAUCUUUACUGUCUGUGAAUCCAUUGAUUGGUAAGCACUUUUGCACUGCAUAUAAUCACACCAAUACCAGCCAUGAGUACUAAGUACAGUAUGUGUUCAUAAUGUAUAGAUUAUAUAAACGCUAUUAACAUUAUUUGACCCGAAAUUACAUUAUAGUUCUAAUGUCAUGUUGGAGGCAUGUUACAGUAAUUUUUCAAUAAGAUUGUUAUUAGUCAAAUGACAUCUUCAGUUGAAAUUGUAACACCCGUGAGGUGUAACAAUAUUACUUGUUAUAUCUAUAUACAGGAGCAGUUUUUAUUGCACGUUUCACUGAUUUACAGGAAGAUUUUUUCUGCUCUUUGAGUUAUUUAAUUAUCCAUCUGUCAUGACAAGGCAGUUGCUACUGUAACCUACUGUACAUUGAUGUAUUAUUAUAUGUUUUGUAUUAAAACACGUUAUUUUCCUUAUAAGCUGCCACAUUUGCAGAGGCCAUUUCAGUUUGCUGCAACAGCCUACUUUGUAUAAAAUGAAAACAU